AGGGUUGAGAAAUCUGACUGUAACGUCGUAGAUUGUAAACGUUCGUUGUCCGAAAUUUUUGCUUGGCUUUGUGCUAGGAGAAACCUCUAGUCUCUAAAUUAAAUUACAAUUGAAAAUGGACAAUGAUCUUCAAAGUAAGUCAGUUUUCAUGCGAAAAUAUAAUUUUUUGUCAGAAAUUCGUGCUAAUCAUUUCAUAGGAUGUUACUGCGGAAUUUAUAACAUAAGAAUUGCGGUACCAGUGUUCCCAAAAAAUAUUCGUAUGUUUAUAUCCGUUUUCAGAAGGUUGGAAUUAAUGAACACUGAAAAUAUAUCAAAAACUGGUAAUAUUUUUGAGUACAUGGAUAACCUGUUACGGUUUCUCGACCAACAGAAAUCGCAGUCAUAUGAAAAAACAGUUCCAAAUGUCACUACUUUUCGCAGUUUCUUCAAUCAACUAGAACAAAUCAGGAAACACCAUAGAUGUAAAAUCUAUGCCGAUAGAAACUUACACCAUUUUAAAUUGACCGGAUUUAAACAAAAUGAAAAUCAUCGCCUUGAAAUGGUUCGCACUUCAGAAACCGAGUUUAGGGUGACUGAGCAUACCCUUCCAGAUCUCGGACCGUCAAUCGAGCUGUUCAAAUGGAACGCUUCCAUAGAGAUGCAUACUACUUCGUUUGUUCAGUUGUUAGACCAACUGGACGAAUUUUAUGCUAAUCUGCACAAAAUAGAUGAACUGUGCCACGUGGUUGAUCCAUUGGAAAUCGAUAAUCGGACUACGUGGCGAAUUGUUAAAUUUAGUCAGAAGAUAUUCCUAAAACUCACUUUGCAUCCAUUGCAACCAUCAUCAAUUGUGGUAACUUUCAUUGGUCCAUCAAAGGAAAUAGAAUAUCUGAGGGAACUUUAUGACGAGAAAAUAGAAAAUUGGGAUCCGGAGAGUGAUGUGUAUACUAACUUGCUGAGAACAUUAGAGAUUAUGUCCUUCCCCAUGCGAAAUCAGGACGAAGGAGUUGAUAGUGACGCAAUCAAUUGCGGAAUUUGCAUGUCAUACAGAGAUGACCAUAACAUGAUUCCCAUCGUUUCUUGCGAUAAUGACAAGUGUUUACUUAUAUUUCAUGUCGGUUGCAUAAAGAAGUGGUUUCUUUCGCUGGUGCAAAGUAAGACGUUUUUCAAUAUAUCAAUAGGAACUUGUCCGUAUUGUAAGCAUAAAGUAUCGUCUAGUUUUGAUGAGCUACUGAAUAUUCCAAUGUAAUAACACGGACAUCAAAAGCAUUGGUUACACCUGUUGGGAUGUUUCUGAACUAAUUAAGUUUGGAGGAGAGCUAAAUACGCUGACAGUCAAUUUAUAUUUCUU